AUGGAGCCAUCACUACCCGUUUCCCACCCAAGCCUGUCUUAUUGGCAUCGAACAACGCGUGCAUACCCGCACUUGGAUAGGAAUCGCCAAACUGACGUUCCUCCAUCCAGCAAAUAUGUCAUUAUUGGCUCCGGCAUUUCUGGGGCUUUAGUAGCCUGGAAUCUGAUCAAGGACGGAGUGAAGGGUGACGAGAUACUGAUUCUCGAAGCCAGAGAAGCUGUAUCGGGGGCCAGCGGAAGGAAUGCUGGGCACAUACGACCAGAUGCUUUCCGGGGCUUCCCUGUGUAUGCCGCUAUACACGGCCCCGAAGAAGCCCGCAAAAUCAUUGAAAACGAGAGGAUCGUUCUCGAGCAAGCCAAGUCUUUCAUAACCUCGAAUCACAUUGACUGCGAUUUCCAAGACACUACAACAAUCGACGUCUGCUUGUCACAAGAGUUUGUCAAUCACCAGGAGAAAAGUCUGGCAGCAUACAAACAGGUCGGAGGCGACACAUCCCACAUCAAGUUCCACGAUGCCGAAGACGCAAAAGUAAAGACUAGAGUCCCAGAUGUCAUUUGCGCAUACGAAUGGCCUGCUGGGUCGGUCCACCCUGCCAAACUGACUCAGUGGGUGCUAGACGACGUGAUCAACCAGGGAGCACAACUUUGGACGUAUUGUGCAGCGACCGCGGUCAAACCCCACGUCGACCCGGGCAGCUCUGGCCUGCGAUGGGACAUUCAUACCCCAAGGGGCGUGUUGGCUGCCGAGACGGUCAUUCACUGCGCGAAUGCAUACUCAGCCUAUCUGCUGCCCCAUUUGGCUCAUUUUGUCACGCCGAGGAGAUCGCAAGUCCAUGCCUUUGUGCCGAAUGCAUCUGGCGCGGGCUCCAAUGUCCUUGGGCUCACAAUGUCUCUGAGGUACGGCCUUCAUCAUUACUUUUCCGUGAACCAGGUCAAGGGAAGCGGGACGGUGAUUCUCGGGGGCUCCUCGACUAGGUCGGAUGCCGACUCGAACGCAAAUUUGGUUGCAUCCAUGACUACGUUUGAUGAUAGUAACCAUUGUCUGAAGUAUGAGGAAAACAGCAAGAAGGAAUUUUCAAUGCUUUUCCCAGAUGGCCAGCACGGCCAAUCUCGCCCUGGUGAGGGAUUUGAUCAGUCUUGGACAGGAAUCUUGGGCAUGACUCCAGAUAACGUGCCAUUGGUCGGGUCCGUGGAAGGACUCGAAGGACAAUGGAUCUGUGCUGGAUUUAAUGGUCAUGGCAUGGCAAGAGUGUUCACCUGCGCGCCUGGCUUGGCAAUGUUGAUUUCCGGCCAGCCUUGGAGUGCCACUGGCCUUCCCUUAUGCUUCCAGUACACACAGCAGAGGAUCGACAGGUAUGCCAAGACGAGAUUCCAGGUCGCAACUUGA